CCUACCUCACUUAAAAAAAAAAAAAAAAUUUACAGGUAAUACUAAUGUGCAUUUGUUAACAUUCCGUCACUUUUUUGCCAUGAUAUUGACCUCCACCUUUUAACAUGAACCAUAAUAAGGUGAGAAGGCUGUUUGGUGGGUCCCAAACAAAACAAAUUUGGCCACAAAAUUAGCCACGUUGCAAGUGAGAUUAAUUGGUAAUAUUUACGUUUAGUACUAUUAAAAUUAGGAGUAUAGUUAAAUUUAAUUAUUAAAAAAUUUCCUUAAUUAAACAAUUCAUAUUCAACUUAAAUUCCAAUUCUAAAAUUUCCAACACUUUCCUAUUCAAAAACAUACUUUAAAUUUCCUAAUCCUUUUUAAAUAAGGUGAAUUCAAUUUCUAUAAAUACACAUUAAGUGCAUUAAUAACUCAACAAUUUAAUUAAGUUUCUCAUUAGUUAUUUUUUCUAAAUCUUCCUCUAUUAGUUUGAAAAAUUCUGAAUCGCUCGUCGGAAUUCACCGCUCGCCGGACGUUUGUUUGAAGAUAAUGGAUAAAUUCUUGAUAAAAAGACCACGACCCUCAGUCGGAGAAUCUUCUAAUAUUCCGGAUACUGAUAAUUCAAGAAGAGCACGAGUAGAGUUUAAUGUUGAUGAUAUUAUUCACGAUCCUGGAAAACGUAAACCUAUUAAUUCAUAUGAUCCUAGUAUCAGAGAUCAAGUUCGUAUGGAGUAUUUGUUAAAAGGUCCUUGUCAACCCAAAAGACAUGAUUUUCCUAAAAAACAAUUUGGAGAAAAGAAAAGAAGUUUUAAAGAGUAUUGGUUCAAUGAGUUUAAUUGGCUGGAAUAUAGUGUAUCUAAAGAUAGUGCAUAUUGUUUAUGUUGUUAUCUUUUUAAACAAGGUUAUGGAUUGCAAUCGGGUGGAGAAGCUUUUGUAUCGAAUGGGUUUAUCAAUUGGAAAAACGCUAAGGAAGCCUUUAAAACUCAUAUUGGUGCAUCUAAUAGUUUUCAUAAUAUGGCUAGAAGAAAGUGCGAAGAUUUACAAAAUCAACGUCAAAGUGUGGCAUAUCUACUUUCAAAUCAAAAACUUGAAAUGCAAGAAUCAUACCGCAUUAGAUUGACCGUGACAUUAAGAUGUGUCCGCUAUCUUUCACGUCUAGGUUUGGCUUUUCGUGGCAAUGAUGAGACUUUUGAUUCAGAUAAUAAAGGUAAUUUCCUGGAAACUAUUGAUUUUGCUACGUCUUUAAAUGAAGAAUUUGCAAAACAUGUGGGAUCUCACGCUCCAGGAAACAACCAGAUGACAUCUCCCGACAUACAAAAAGAUAUGCUAAAUGCUUGCGCAUCAUUGACAACAGAUGCAAUUAUUAAAGAUAUUGGUGAUUCAUUCUAUGCUCUUUUAGUUGAUGAGUCUCGAGAUAGCUCAAUACAAGAGCAAAUGAUUGUGGUUCUACGAUAUGUUGAUAAAGACGGACAAGUUAUCGAGCGGUUUAUAGGUAUUAAACAUGUGAGUGAUACUAGUGCUAAAUCCUUGAAAAGCGCUGUCGAUAAACUAUUUUCCGAGCAUAAUUUAUCCAUAUCAAAAUUGAGAGGACAGGGAUAUGAUGGGGCAGCUAACAUGAGUGGUGAGUUCAAUGGAUUAAAGUCAAUAAUAUUGGAGGAAAAUCAAUCAGCUUUUUUUGUGCAUUGCUUUGCUCACCAACUCCAAUUAGUUGUUGUUGCUGUUUCAAAGAACAACCUAGCAGUUGGUAAUUUUUUUAAUUAUACAUCUAUUAUUGUUAAUAUUGCUGCAGCUUCUUGCAAAAGAUCUGAUGCUCUCAAGCAUUCCCAUCAUCAAAAGACACUCGAGAGGUUGGAAACAGGAGAGAUAUGUACUGGAACAGGCCAAAAUCAACAAACUAGUCUCAAACGCCCGUGUGACACACGUUGGGGUUCAUACCAUGGUACAAUCAUUCGACUCUUAGAUAUGUAUCCUGCAGUUUUAGAUGUUCUUGAAACUAUAAAAUUGGAAGGUAGUGAUGGAGCACAAAGAUCCAUGGCUGGGAGUAUGAUAUUAAAGAUGGAAGAGUAUGAGUAUGUGUUCACAAUGCAUCUGAUAAAAACAAUUAUGGGAAUCACGAAUGAGUUAUCACAAGCCUUGCAACGAAAAGAUCAAGACAUUGCCAAUGCCAUGAGUCUAGUUAAAGCAGUUAAGCACCGAUUGAAUACUUUGAGGAUGAAUGAAUGGGAUAAGUUCUUAAAUGAAGUUGAUGUUUUUUGUGCGAAGCAUGGCAUAAUUAUGCCCAAUAUGGAAGAUUUUGUUCCUACACGUAGUCGGUUGAAAGCAGGAGAGCUCAUAAUUACAUACCUUCAUCAUUUUUGCUUUGACGUCUUCUAUGCGGUAAUAGAUUUAAUUUCCAUCGAAAUGAAUAAUCGUUUUCCAGAGUCAAAUUCAGAAUUGCUUUUAUGCAUAUCAUGUCUAGAUCCAAAAAACUCGUUUGAAGCUUUUGACCAUGUUAAGUUACUUCGACUUGCUGAACUAUAUUCAUCAGAUUUUUCAAGUACUGAUAUUAUCAUUCUUGAAAAUCAAAUUCAGACUUAUAUUUUUGAUGUUAGAAAUACAAGCGAUUUUUGUGAUCUUCGUGAUAUUGGUGGUCUUGCUAAAAUGAUGGUUAAGAAGGGAAAAGACCGUUUAUUUCCUUUGGUUUAUCUACUUAUUCGGUUGGCAUUGACAUUACCAGUUGCGACUGCAACAGUUGAGAGAGUAUUUUCAGCUAUGAAUAUCGUCAAGACAGAUUUACGGAGUAAGAUGGCAAAUCAAUUCAUGAAUGAUUGUCUAGUAUGUUUUACAGAAAAAAAAAAUCUUUAAGAGUAUUGAUGAUGAGGACAUCUUACAAAGAUUUCAAAAGAUGAAGACUCGUAGGAUACAAUUGCCUCUAAUUAGAAAGCAAUAAUUCUUUAAUUUUGUAAUGCGUUUUUUUAGUUUUCAUUUUUUUUUACCUUAAAAAAUUUAAUAAUUAUACAUUUUGAUUAUA